AUGCUGCGCUUCACUCGAAAUUUCUGUUAUCGCCUGGGUUGCGAUUCAUUUUACGAUGUUAUUGUAGUUGGAGGUGGUCAUGCUGGAACAGAAUCUGCAGCUGCUGCUGCUCGUAAUGGCUCUAGGGUGUGUCUAAUAUCUCACGAUUUGACUAAAAUUGGUGAGAUGUCUUGCAAUCCUUCUUUUGGAGGCAUUGGAAAAGGUCACUUAAUUCGGGAAAUUGAUGCUUUGGAUGGAUUAUGUGGCAGAAUUUGUGAUCUUUCCGGAAUUCACUAUAAGGUUCUGAAUAAAAGAAAAGGACCAGCAGUUUGGGGAUUGAGGGCUCAAAUGGAUCGCAAUCUUUAUCGAUCGAAUAUGCAGGUGGAAAUCAAAAGUACACCGAACUUAUCGUUACUACAAGGAGCGGUCGUAGAUUUAAUUUUAUCGUCUGAUGGAGAUAAGCAAUUAGGACGCAACUAUGUAUUGCAUAACGGAAGUAUUAUAAAGGCUCGAAGUGUAGUGUUAACAACUGGUACCUUUCUCAGAGGAAAAAUCUAUAUAGGUAAGACUUUAUCUAUAUUUCUUAAUAGGGAUGUUACAAAUUUUAUAGAUCAUGAAUACGAAAUAAUGGAUCCCUUAGGCAAUAGAGUUAUUCAUGGAACUCCACCUAGGCUAGACGGAAGAACUAUUGAUUAUAAGAAAUUGGUAAUUCAGCAUGGCGAUGAAAAACCUACCCCUUUCUCUUUUUUGAAUCGAGCAGUUAAAAUCGAGCCAGCAGAGCAAUUGCCAUGUUUUUUGACUUUAACAAAUUCUAAUACACAUUCAAUAAUUACAAGACAUUUACACUUAACCCCACAUAUUAAAGAAGAAGUUUGUGGACCCAGGCAAUACCUACUUUUCAUGCAAUACUGUCCAUCAAUUGAAUCCAAAGUGAUACGGUUCAGAGGAAGAAAUCAUCAGAUUUUUUUAGAGCCUGAAGGAUUUGACUCUUCAAUUGUUUAUCCAAAUGGUAUUUCUUGUACUUUGCCCGAAAAUAUACAAAAAGCUAUGAUUCGAUCCGUUCAUGGAUUGGAAGAUGUGGAAAUAGUUCAAACUGGUUACGGAGUGGAGUAUGACUAUAUUGAUCCACGCCAACUGAAACCGUCGUUAGAAACAAGAAAGGUUUCCGGGUUAUUUUUUGCUGGGCAAAUAAAUGGAACUACGGGUUAUGAAGAAGCUGCUGCUCAAGGUAUAAUUGCCGGCAUAAAUAGUUCUUUGAUGGUGAAAGGAAUGUCUCCAUUAAUUCUAGAUCGUGCCGAUGGAUAUAUUGGUGUUCUGAUAGAUGAUUUGACUACUCGUGGAACUACAGAACCAUACAGAAUGUUUACAAGUCGUGCAGAGUUUCGUUUGAGAUUAAGACCAGAUAAUGCUGAUCUACGACUUACUGAAAAAGGUUAUAAGGUAGGAAUUGUCCGUGAGCAACGUUUCGAAAAAAUGGUAAAGAUUAAAACCAAAUUUGAUAAGGCAAUUAACACUUUGAGGGAGUUAAAAUUUUCCGAAAGUAGCUGGAAAGCUAGAUGUAAUCUUUCCGGAAUGCGACAUUCUGUUACUAAGGUCAAUUUUUUCUUUAGUGGAUUAGAAAUGCUUAUAAAUUCCCGCGUCAGUCUUUCUGAUAUUAGUAGGGGUUUCCCUGCAGAAUUUAGGGAUAUCGUCGAGGACGAUUACCUAUGUAAUCGAAUCGAGAUCGAAGGUAGUUAUGCAAAUGCAAUUGAAAGGCAAAAUAAAGACGUUUCUGAGCUACGUCGUCUUGAAUACCUAGCGUUGCCUGAUGAUCUGGAUUACACUAGAUUGGGUUUCCUUGACGAAGAAGAAAAAGAGAAGUUAUCAACUGUUGCGCCGCGGACUUUGGGCUCUGCCAGUCGGAUUGAUGGAAUUUCCGCUUCAUCGCUUGUCCAACUCUUAAAGUUUGUCAAAAAAUAUAAACAGAUUCAUACGUAG